CCGCCACUCCUGUUUGCUUGGCGCCCUUAUGUCCACGCCACGCCACCUAUUCACUUUGCUUCCCAUUUCAUUUUCUCCAUGCAAAAUAUUUAAAUAAAAAAAAUCAAUUUUCCACCUCCAGAAAAAUUACAGAAUCCCCUAGAAAUUUCCAUUCGUUCGAAAGAAAAAUUGUUCAACCCCAGAAGCUACAAUUUUCUGAAAAAGUAUCCAAAUUUUUGUUAAAUUUCAAUUGUCCACCUCUAUACACAGAAAGAGUGAGAAAUUUCAAUUAAUUUCAAUACAAAAACAAAAAAUUUGUUCAACCUGAAAGGUUAAAAAUAAAUUGAUGGUGGGAGUGGGAUCAACAUCAACAAAGCAGGGGUUGCCGUCAUGGAUUGGGGCAGCCACUGCAACACGAACCACUGUUGAAUUCGACAAAAGCGUCGCCGUUUCUGGUGGGGACACGUCGUCAACUAAGCCUUCUCAUUCCGAGAACUUUACGGAUGUGAAUUUAGGUUUUGGAGAGAGGGCUAUUUCCGCCGCUGGUGCUGCCGUUCUCUCCGCCGUCCUUGUCAACCCUCUUGAUGUUGCCAAGACAAGGUUGCAAGCUCAGGCUGCAGGUGUCCCUUAUGAUAGCCUUUGUAGUUUGGGACCUCUUCAUGCAAAUACAGUGCUGACAGGUGUGAAGUGCAACUCAUCAGGCACUCGUGCUGUUCUUGGUGCUGAACCAUCAUGUUCCCCAGAUUGUUCCAGAUAUAAAGGAACACUUGAUGUCUUUUAUAAAGUAAUACGUCAGGAAGGAGUUAGUAGAUUGUGGAGAGGCACUAAUGCAAGUCUGACAUUGGCAAUCCCUUCUGUGGGGAUUUAUUUACCUCUUUAUGACAUUUUUCGGAACUCUAUGGAAGAGUAUACAUUACGUAAUGUACCAAUGGCUACACCAUAUGUCCCCUUGGUAGCAGGAUCCUUAGCACGUUCCAUUGCUUGCGUCACUUGCUAUCCAGUUGAGCUUGCAAGAACACGAAUGCAGGCCUUCAAAGACACAAAAAAUGGUGUGAAGCCCCCAGGAGUGUGGAAGACAUUAGUUGGGGUCGUUUCUCCAGUCAAUAGUGCAAACAGCUAUCAAAAUUCAACACGAACCUACCGCCUCCUCUGGACUGGUUUGGGGGCACAACUAGCUCGUGAUGUUCCUUUCUCUGCAAUUUGCUGGUCUACUCUUGAGCCAGUUAGGAGGAAGCUACUAGGCCUGGUGGGAGAUGAAGCAAGUGCAACUACUGUCCUCGGUGCAAACUUCUCUGCUGGAUUCAUUGCAGGAAGUCUUGCAGCUGCUACAACGUGUCCGUUAGAUGUUGCAAGAACUAGGAGACAGAUAGAGUUGACAUUGCAGAAUGAUCCUGAACGAGCACUGAGAAUGACUACGAGACAAACGUUGGUUGAGAUAUGGAGGGAUGGGGGAGCUAAGGGGUUGUUCACUGGAGUUGGCCCCCGAGUUGCCCGAGCUGGACCUUCAGUUGGGAUCAUUGUUUCCUUCUACGAGGUGGUAAAAUAUGCUUUGCGCCAUAGGCAUAUGCAUUGGCAGAGCAAAGAUGCUGAUCUAUAGCACUGUGAUCUACACGCCAAUGAGGCAAGUGAUGUUAGCAUAACUUGUUCUGAUAACAGGCUGAAGAGCGAAAGAACAAUAUUCGACCAAGUGUAUUCUACUGAAGACCUGACCGUUUCAGUGAUUUGGGUCAUGACAGGAUAAUUCCUUCUAGCCAAUUUUGCCUGUGAGGCUUGAAGGUUGAUUUAUUCAAACAAGUGGAGAAGUUUCUCCAGUGGCGUAGCUGAAUAGGCAACCAUUUAUGCCUUUAGUUUCUUUGUAAAUUCACAAUCCUUCUCCCAAUGUACCUAUUGCGUACAUACAGAGAUAUAAUAAGAGAAUAACAACUAUACCCUUCUGUAUUUCAGAUUUCA